GAGGCAUUAGAGAUGAACUAAUUCAACGAUGAUCGUAAGUCAAGAAUUCAGAGAAAUUUCCAAAAAUUUUAGUUUGCAAUCCAUCUCUUUUUCAUCCUAUCUUGGUGAAGGAGAAUGCAACAUUGCUCCUUAGCAAGUUCUCCAAUAUAGACUAAUGUUUCUUGGGUUUUCCAAUGAACAUCUUUGCUUUAUUACCUUUGGUUAUUCGUUGUCUUGGUGGAUAGUAAAUUUCUAGUUUGCUUGGGUUAUUUUUUAUUAAACAUGAUCAAUCGUUAGUUAUUGCAUGAAUUUUGAUUGUAAAUGGCUUAAAAAGACAUCAACCCAUGUUAUUUUAAAAGGAUUCAGCUCCGGCUUUAUGGCCUUUAAGUACGAAAUUUUUCGUUUGCUCAUUCACUGUCCAUUUGCCUUUGACUAGAAUCCCUUCCUUUCUUGCUUUCUUCCUUUCUAAAAUAUUCAUGAAUAAUUAAAAAUUUUUUAGGCUCAACAGUGAAAAAUUUAAAAAAGCCAUUCUCUUCGAUUAUCAUUGGGUUUGCAUAAAUUACUCUUUUUGCGUGAAGUGGAUUUUUGAAAUCUUUAUUUCUCGAAUUACCAAGCCAUCCAUUUUUUAUUUAUAAUGGAAUCCACAAGACGAUAUACUAUUUCUAUAGCUAUUCCUGUGUCUUGUUUAAAUGAAGCUAACAAUCUGCAACUGAAAAGUGCUCUUGUGUACCAGAUUGCAAGGUUGGCUAUCGUAUACGAAGUUGAUGAAAUUGUCUUAGUCGCUGAUCCUGAACAUGUACGACAGACCCAAAAUGCUACUGCAUCCUCAGAUUGCUAUGUACGGGAUCCAUUGAAGUUCUUUUCCGAUAUUCUUAGUUAUAUGGAAACUCCUACCUUUAUGCGAAAAACUAUUUUUCCUUUACUUCCUCAUUUAAAACAUAUGGGAUUGUUUCCUGUAAUUCAACUCCGCAACGAUUCUAGUCAAAUACUCGAUAAAGACUUUCCCUAUAAAGAAGCGUAUGUUCUGAAUCAGUUGCCUCGCUCCAAAAACAAAUACGUUGUUCAUGCAGGGUUUCAACAUCCCGUGCAAGUUACUUCUACACAACCUCUUGCAGCCAAAGACAGACUCACAGUUAGAUUGAAGCCACAAGCUCCAAAUACUGAAGGAUAUCUGCAAGGUGACAUAGUCUCUUGUACAGCACCGCGAGAAAAGGGAGGAAGGUAUUGGGGAUUUCAAAUUCGCCAUUCCACUUCGCUUAGCGAUCUUCUCAAAGGACCUUACAAGGGUGGCUAUGAUUUAAAGGUACAAAUAAAUAACUCCACCCAUGUUUCUCCUGCGGAUUUAUCAAACAAUUUACGUUCCUCCUUUCGUCACGUAUUACUGUUGUUUGGAAAUGCUUUUGAAAAUCAACCAGUUGAUGAUUUACAUACCGUUAAUCCAUUUCCAUUCCCCCUUCCCAUUCAACCACGAUUAGAGGAAAAUUUUUUGGCAGCCAUGGCUCCUCUCUCUAUUGUUUUGAAUUCUCAUGGACGACACUGAAAAGCGUAGCAAGCAGUUGUUACUCUUUAUUUAAAUAAGAAAAAAAUUUGAUUAGAUAUUUACAUAGAAUCUUUUUAGGAUUAAUUUGGAAUUGAAAUAAAGAUAUUAUUAAAGAUAUUAAAAUUUUCAAAUAGUGCAGAAU